AUUACGGAGUCGGAGUACAGUACAACCAAAUCAAACGCGCAUUUAGAUUUAACUUUCAUCUCCUGAAGCUAGGGUUAGGGUUUCAAUCGGAUUCAAUCAGAUCUCUACGAAGAUGGCGAUGAGGAACUUCUACAACGAGAUAAAGGGCAUGAAAGUGAAGGAGGUGCCGGCGCACCUGAAACCGAUGCUGUCCAUCAGUUACCUCAAGAAUGCGUUCAAGAGGGGCUUGGAUAACUACCACGCCAAGUAUAUUGAGACCAACUCCAUCGAUCCUCUCUAUCACGUCUGUUUUGGCGGCAUGGCUUUCUCCUACCUCGUCGCUCUUCCCGAGGAGCGCCGUCAUCUCGAGCAUCAACAGCAUGCCAAGGAGCACGGCAGUCACUGAUUCAUUUUCAUUUCGUUUCCUUUCCUUCAAGAUUCUGCAAAGCUUGAGCGGCGACUUCACAAGGGCGAGAACCGAAGUCUGAUGGUUGCUAUUUGUUUCAAUGUAUCAAAAGUACAAGUAUUGAAAGUCCAAUCUUGGAUCAACAAAAUAAAUUUCUGAAAACCCUUACCAUGUUGACUAUCAAGUUUGCCGGGAUUAUGUGAUAUAAAUGUUGUUCCAUUUGCAACUUUAAAGUAAUCAUGAAGACUCAAUUUUUAUAAUAAUGCUAAAUUCUGAUGGGCA